CAAAGUCUUUCUAUUGCCACUAAAAAUCAUCUAACUGAAAUCUUUCGUUGUUUGAUAACAAGGCCAUUCGUAUUUCUAACUGAAGAUGUAAGGAAAUAGUAAGAAAAUUCGCAAGGAAAUCUAUCACUUUUUGAAGGAUCAAGCAUUUUGUUGUCGUUUUUGUAUGCAGUCUUCCCUCAAACCAACAAGGGCCCGAUUUACAUAACAACCACAUUUCCAAGAUAUCCUGAGUCCAUCGACAUCAGCAGCAGCGGCAGCAGCAUGUUUGUGAAGGACACAAAGUUCUGCGUGUAAAAGUCCUUCAAUUUGAAAGAAACCACCAACCAUCCAAGCAUUUAUAUCCUUAUCCGCAACUGAUACUGUAUCACCGGCAGCAGUCAAUAAAUAAACCUAACGGUCGGCGGCUGGGGAGUACUUGAAAAUGUUGGAAACCUAAUGAAAUUGAGAUAAAAUCUGAGAAAACAACCGCCAGCAAACGGAAGAGGAAAAACAGGAACAGCGAAAACAACAACAACACACACAAAAUACAAGACAGAAACAAACAAUAAUCUGCGAACAAGAACAACAGGAAAACAAAAUCAAUAAAUGCUUUUGGCGAACUUGGAGCAUAGCACCACAUCGCACAGCGCUACACACACAUACAUACGUAUAGACGGACAACCAUUGAAGAGCAACAGCAUUAAUAUUCACGCAUCCCCCGAAGAGGCGCUUGAACAAAAAGUAUGUUUCAAAUAAAACCCACAACAACAUUAAGAACAUUAGCGUCAAGUACAACAACCACAGCAUCAGUGAAAACCGCCGCAAUUUCGACUCAUACAAACUCCAAAACUAUUCGGCUCUUCUGUUCUUGGCCCAGUAGCAGUUAACAAGCGGCAACGACAACCCAGCAAAGGCAACACUUAAAAAGUCAUUAGAUUAACAAUUGUUACCGUUACAUAUCCACAUUCGCAUCCUUGCACUGUCUACCUUUACACUUGGUGUCUGACUGACUGACUAGCUGGCAGGCUCGCUGGCAGAUUGUCUGCCUUUUUGUUUGUAUGAGUUGCCUUCGUUUUCACACAGAGGACAAUUACCGCAAUUAUUCAACUUCUCUCCCUCUCUCGCGCCUCUCUUUCUCUGGUGUAUCCCCGUAAGAAGCAAAAAAGGAAUUGCGCCGAAACUGUCGGAAUGUUAAAUCAAGCCAUACGCCAAUAUAUCUAAACAUCUUCGUUUGGAGCCAACCAACUCUCCCACGAGCCUCCAUCACCACCACCCGCCCAAGCAAGAGCACACACAGUUUUGCACAACUUUCUCUCCACUCUCCCCACUUCUUAUUCUCUCUGCGGCAUCCGAGUUAAAUGAAAGCAUUCCAAAUUUACCCACAUCGUUACGUUUAAUGUUUGGACUUUUGUGGGCUCCUCAGUACGCGUUUAGCAACCGAGAAGUGUGUGCGACAAAAGGACGAAACGCUUGUCGAAGCGUUGAGUAAUUGUUCUGUCAUGUGAAACGGAUUUUCUUUGCGGCGACAUCUACACACAAAUCAAAGCAUUUUGGUAAAUUUCCGGUUUCGUUUGUUUAACCGCAGAACUCCGCGACUAUAUUUUUACCGUUCGAUAUUGCCGUUGUGCUGGCAUACGCCUCCAUCUACGCCGUUGUUUGCCGGGCAAACAAAGUCAGUGUUGUGUGAGUGAGUGUGUGUGUUUUUUGUUAUUGCUCUCCCUUCAAAACAAACGAAAACCGUGUUUGUUUGCAUGUUGGCACCGCGAUUCCGCCCUUUCCAAAACACCGAAAAUGGCACGUAAAACUAAAUUUGAUGAUGCCCUGGAUUACAUAUUCAUUGCCAAUGAUAAAAAUCCCAACACCUAUGUUAUAUCACGACCACAUCCAGCCGCAACAAUAUCUUCCACAACAACAAUGGUGGCGAGGACAAUGCCCACGAUAACGUCCUACACAAAUGUUGACACCACCAACAACAAUCGUCUGGGGAAUGCCGUGAGCGGCGUAGCCGCUUUAACUGCUGCCACUGUCACUGCCACAUCCGCUAUUAUUGGCAGCAGCAAUAGCAAUAAUUUACCUGCAACAGAUACCUUCCCAUCGCCAGAGUCCCUCAUAGCGAACGACAAUAUGUACCAAAGUGUUGCUGUCGAUUUGGGGUCACUGCUUAUCAAUGGUUCACUGCUGAACGACACAAGUCUGCUGGCAGACAUUUUGAAUGGCAGCGAUGCCAUGGGCGCCAAUGCAACAGCUGGCAAUGUUACCGCUUCAGAGGAUGUUGGCGAACUGAUACGAAUGGCAGCCACAUCAGUGGUAUUAGGCCUUAUGAUCUUAAUAACCAUAAUAGGCAAUGUUUUUGUGAUAGCCGCCAUCAUCCUGGAACGACAUUUGCAGAAUGUUGCUAAUUACUUGGUGGCAUCGCUGGCCGUUGCAGAUCUCUUCGUUGCAUGCCUUGUAAUGCCGCUGGGUGCCGUUUAUGAGAUAAGUCAAGGAUGGAUAUUGGGACCGGAAUUGUGUGACAUUUGGACAUCGAUUGAUGUAUUAUGUUGCACGGCAUCCAUAUUGCAUCUCGUGGCAAUAGCUGUUGAUCGAUAUUGGGCUGUCACAAACAUAGACUACAUGCAUUCACGAACCAGCAAACGUGUCUUUCUUAUGAUAUUUUUCGUUUGGACAGCAGCAGUGAUAGUAUCGCUGGCACCGCAAUUCGGCUGGAAAGAUCCAGAUUACUUGCAACGUAUCGAACAACAGAAAUGCAUGGUUUCACAAGAUGUAUCAUAUCAGGUAUUCGCCACAUGUUGCACGUUUUAUGUGCCACUGCUAGUAAUUUUGGUAUUAUAUUGGAAGAUCUACCAGACGGCACGAAAACGUAUUCACCGACGUCGUCCAAGGCCCAUUGAUGUAACAGGCAACAAUAAUCAGCCUGAUUUGAUGGCCCAGAAGAAACGUAAACGUCUCAGGUUACGUUUUGGCAAGUUCACAAAUGUAAAGACCAACAUGGCCAUGGGUCGAACCACAACACUGGGUUUGGUCGAAGGCAACUCAACAAAUACUGUCAACACGGUCGAAGUGGAGGACACUGAGUUCAGCAGCAGCAAUGUGGAUAGUAAAAGUCGUGCCGGCAUUGAGGUGACCAAUGCUGCAGGCAGCCACAUCACCGCCGCCGCCGCCACCCACAUUCACAGCCAUAGUCAUGCUGUCGUAGCGACAUCAUCAGCGCCUGUAGCAGCUACUGCCAACACCAACACCAAUUUAAAUAAUACCGAAGAGAUUGCUACAGAAUCGUCAUCAUCCACGCAAAUUGCCACUGUAUCCCACCUGGUAGCUUUAGCUAAUCAACAACGCAAUGCCUCAGCGAAAACUCAACAGCAACAACAACAACAAACGUCAUCAUCAUUAUCCGCGUCAAGCAAAUGUCUAACACAACCGGUGACAGUGGUGGAAAAUCCGCUGGAGCCACUUAAAACGACAGCCUCAACACCUACAGAUGUCGCGAAUGUUGCGACAGUGUCGGCCAAUGGCAUGUCCUCAACUGUAGUCCACAACAAUAGCCAUAAUCAGCAAGUUCAUGCCACCGAAGUGCUGGCGGAUCCACAAUUGCAACAACAAUUGGAACAAGUACAACAGCAAACACAAAACGAAGUUCCAGCCUCGGUUCAAGCAACGGUUGCGGCUGUCAUUCAAUCAGCGGGGACAGCGACGACAGCAGCCGCAACAACAACUGCAACAUCAGCCACAACGGCUAAUAAAACGAUGGUGGGUGGAGGUGGUGGUGCUGGCACCAGUGCCUCCAAUGCCACAACCAUCACCUCCAUAUCAGCCUUAUCACCGCAAACACCAAACGCCGCCACACCAUCUGGGCCCGUGGCACCACAUACCUCGCAUACAACACCGGCUUCCGUCUCAGCUUCCAGUCAACAGGUGACACCCAUACCACGACCCAAAAACCCCCAACAACAAUUGUCCAGCAUAGCCAAUCCCAUGCAUAAGGUCACCAAACGGAAAGAAACUCUUGAAGCGAAACGAGAACGCAAAGCCGCCAAAACGUUGGCCAUCAUAACGGGUGCCUUUGUCGUCUGUUGGCUGCCGUUCUUUGUGAUGGCCCUGCUGCUACCGCUCUGCGAAGCCUGUGAAAUAAACGAUGGCAUAGCUUCGCUGUUUCUUUGGCUGGGCUAUUUUAAUUCGACACUGAAUCCCGUCAUCUACACAAUCUUUAGUCCGGAAUUUCGGCAGGCCUUUAAGCGAAUCCUGUUUGGUGGCCACAGACCGGUUCAUUAUCGCAGCGGUAAAUUAUAAGAAUAGAUGGCGCAGCAAACCAGCCAGUUAAAGAUACCUCUAAAGGACCACAAAUGAAAUGAUUUUUUCUCCCCACAAUCUUGCAAUAAAAUACCCGUGUUAUACCUAUGAGAAAACUCCAAUUUAACUACAAAAAUAAACAGCAAAAACAACAACAAAAAUCCUAAUCAAAAUGUUUAAAACAUCAAAAAAAUACAAAACUGUAUGUAUGUACAAAAUUAAAUUUAAGUAAAUAAAUAAAAUAAAGGAAUACCAACAAAAACAACAACAUCA